AUGAUGGCCGAGGCGGCAGUGACUCGCCGGGUCAAUGCCAUUGCCAGCCUCCACGUCGACGCGACCAACGGCGCCGACGAGGAGAGCAGGCGCAGCAGCUCGGCAGCUGACGACUCGCCAGUGGUCAAGCGGAUCAACGACGCCGCCGCCAAGGACAAUGAUGUCUGGGUGGCCGUCCAGGAGGGAGACAUGCCUGCAGGCAACUCCAGCCAGCCCCUGCUGUUCCGGACCAUGAAGGUCAAGGGCAGCAUCCUGCAUCCUUACAGGUUUGUGAUUCUCCUGCGGCUGAUCGCCAUCAUCGCUUUCUUCAUAUGGCGCAUCCGGAACCGAAACCACGACGGCGUGUGGCUCUGGGCCACGUCCAUGGUCGGCGACGUCUGGUUCGGCUUCUCAUGGGUCCUCAACCAGCUGCCGAAGCUGAACCCCAUCAAGCGUGUCCCGGACCUCGCCGCCAUCAGAGACCAGCACGAGUACUCGACCUCCGGCGAGUCCAACUCCAAUCUCCCCGGCAUCGACGUCUUCAUCACCACCGUGGACCCGGUAGACGAACCCAUACUGUACACGGUGAACUCCGUCCUCUCCAUCCUCGCCACCGACUACCCAGUCGAGAAGUACGCCUGCUACCUCUCGGACGACGGCGGCACGCUGGUCCACUACGAAGCCAUGCUCGAAGUUGCAAGUUUCGCCAAGCUAUGGGCUCCCUUCUGCCGGAAGCAUGGCGUGGAGCCGAGAGCGCCGGAGAGCUACUUCGGAGUGAAGAGGCAGCCGUACACGGGGAGCAUGCAGGAGGAGUUCGCGAGUGAUCACAGGCGCGUGCGCAGAGAAUAUGAAGAGUUCAAGGUGAGGAUAGACUCUCUUUUCAGCACCAUCUACCAGAGAUCCGAAGCGUACAACAGAAAGCAUGCCAAGGACGAAGAUGGUGUGUUGAAGGCGACGUGGAUGGCUGACGGUACGCAGUGGCCUGGGACAUGGAUCGAGCAGGCUGAGAACCAUAGAAAAGGACAGCACGCUGGAAUUGUUAAGGUCGUGCUAAACCAUCCGAGCCAUAAACCACAGCUCGGGUCACCAGCAAGCACUGACAAUCCACUCGACUUCAGCAACACUGACACGCGCCUCCCCAUGCUCGUCUACCUAUCUCGCGAGAAGCGCCCCGGCUAUAACCACCAGAAGAAAGCCGGCGCCAUGAACGCGAUGCUCCGGGUAUCCGCUCUGCUCUCCAACGCGCCGUUCCUCAUCAACUUCGACUGCGACCACUACAUCAACAACUCGCAGGCUUUCCGUGCCAGCAUGUGCUUCAUGCUCGACCCACGCGACGGCGAGAACACCGCGUUCGUCCAGUUCCCGCAGCGCUUCGACGACGUCGACCCGACGGACCGGUACGCCAACCACAACCGCGUCUUCUUCGACGGCACCAUGCUCUCCCUCAACGGCCUGCAGGGGCCUUCCUACCUCGGCACCGGAACCAUGUUCCGCCGUGCCGCGCUCUACGGCAUGGAGCCACCACGGUGGAGAGCACACGAGAGCAAGGUGAACGACGACAAGGGCAAACAAUAUGGUAGAUCGACAUUGUUCAUAAACACAAUACUAGACGGCGCGAACCAAGAACGACGAGCUAUCACGCCGGUGUUCGUCGACGAUGAAGAGACGGUCAGCAGCGAGGUGGCGUCGCUGAUGACGUGCGCUUACGAGGACGGGAUGACUACGUGGGGGAGAGACGCCGGGUGGGUGUACAACAUCGCGACGGAGGACGUGGCGACCGGGUUCCGCAUGCACCGGCAAGGUUGGCGCUCCAUAUACUGCUCCGUCGAGCCGGCGGCGUUCCGCGGCACGGCUCCGAUCAACCUCACGGAGCGCCUCCUGCAGGUGCUCCGCUGGUCGGGCGGCUCCCUCGAGAUGUUCUUCUCCCACAGCAACGCGUUCCUCGCCGGCGGCCGGAUGCACCCGCUGCAGCGCGUGGCGUACCUCAACAUGUCCACCUACCCGAUCGUCACCGUCUUCAUCCUGGCCUACAACCUGUUCCCGCUGAUGUGGCUCGUCUCCGAGCAGUACUACAUCCAGAGGCCCUUCGGCACGUACAUCCUGUACCUCGUGGCGGUCAUCGCCAUGAUCCACGUGAUCGGCAUGUUCGAGGUGCGGUGGGCGGGCAUCACGCUGCUGGACUGGUGCCGCAACGAGCAGUUCUACAUGAUCGGCGCCACGGGGGUGUACCCGACGGCGGUGCUGUACAUGGCGCUGAAGCUCGUCACGGGGAAGGGCAUCCACUUCAGGCUCACGUCCAAGCAGACGGAAGCCUGCUCCGGCGACAGGUUCGCCGACCUGUACGUCGUGAGGUGGGUGCCGCUGCUGGUCCCGACCGUCGCCGUUCUGGCCUUGAACGUCGCGGCGGUGGGCGUGGCGGUAGGCAAGGCGGCGACCUGGGGGCUGCUCACGGAGCAGGCGCAGCACGCGGUGCUUGGGAUGGUGUUCAACGUCUGGAUCCUUGUGCUUCUCUACCCGUUUGCGCUCGGGAUCAUGGGACAGUGGGGGAAGAGACCUGCCAUCCUGUUCGUUAUGCUGGUGGUGGCCAUUGGUACGGUCGCUGUCGUGUAUAUCAGCUUUCGUGCCACGUACCCAGUAGGAUGGUCAGACAUGGCAGCUUCUUCUCUUGGUAAAGCGGAAUCGGUGGUUGCAGCUGGGUCAACGGGGUAG